UCUCCAAUCUUCGCCUCUGACUUUUUACCAUACACAACUCUGAUGUACGGGAACGGUCCAGGACACAAAAUCACCAACAACAAGCGUCCAGACAUACGCAAAGUUGACACUGCCGAUAAGGAUUAUAUCCAGCAGUCGGCCGUCCCGCUAGACUCGGAGACCCACGGGGGUGAGGAUGUGGCGGUGUUCGCCCGCGGGCCCAUGGCGCAUCUCUUCCAAGGCGUUUAUGAGCAGAACUACAUCCCACACGCCAUGGCCUAUGCCGCAUGCAUUGGGGAAAAUCAGCAACACUGCGCUAUUACUGCAAAACCAGACAAUCCAGACACAUCCACUGACUCAGGGAAACUCUGCCCAAAACAUGCCUGUCUACACCUGGACCAUACUGAUGAUUAGCGCACUGAUGAGGAUUUUACUGCACUGAGAGACAUAACGCUCAUUUUACAGCUCCUCUACAGUUAAAUUGUUGAGUUUGACCUUUUUUUAUGUAUUCAGAGGAUGGCUGGAGCACGUUUAGCCUAGCUUAGCUUAGCAUAAAUCAUUGAAUCAGAUUAAACCAUUAGCAUCUCGUUCAAAAAUUAAAAUUGAUUUGAUAAUAUUCAUAUCAGGUGGCAUGGUGGCUCAGUGGUUAGCACUGUGGCCUCACAGCAAGAAGGUCGCUGGUUCGGGUCCCAGCUGGGUCAGUUGGCAUUUGGCAUAAGCAGAAUAGACGAAUAAACAGCUACUCUCACUGACAGUAUUUACACGACGUAUUGACUUGAAGCUAAUCCACGAAUCACAGCACAUUAUGUUAGCUGACCAAUCAGAGCCUCUUGAGGGCGGGUCUUUUGGAGGAACUAGGAAAUAUGACAGUGGUUUUCGUGUUAGCUGAGUAGCUGUAUAUAAUCAAAGUAAGGUAAAUGGAAAAAAUAACAUGAUGUUUUACAAGUGAAGCACGAGAACACACUGCUUUGCAUCUUAUUAACACAACCAAGCCUUGAAAAUACACUGAGGACCACCCCUUUAAAUACUGUUAGCAGUGUAUUGAUAUGAUCUCGCUCAGGUGCACAGAUAAAUGAUGCUGAAAUUAAAUAUAGAUAUAGUUUCCAGCUGUGUUCUGAAGGGCUGACAGCUGUUUGUUCUUCCAGUUUGAUCUCCGCAUGUCUGAUGGGCUCAGCUAAUUAAAGACAGCUCUGUGGGUGGAGCACAUUUGAUGUCAUUAUUACACACACACACACGGUCAUAAAUAAUAAAUCACACCCAAAGACUGGUUAUUUUUAGCGUAAGUCAUUAAUGCAGCAGGUUGAACAUCUGCUGCACGUCUAAUCCAGCAUCAGAAGAGUGUGUUUCAAUUAAAAUUGUGUCGAUUAUUGUUUAAA